AUGAGCGCAAAACGCGUCGCAAUUAUUGGGUUGGGCCCGGGUGGCGCCAUCACAAUUGACGCGCUGGCGCAAGAGAAAGCAUUCGACACUAUUCGCGUGUUCGAGCGGAGAGAAGCUCCGGGCGGUUGUUGGUACGUACCUAUACCCCCGCCCUCAAUCCGCAACCAUCAUCAGAUGAUGUUGUGGGGUGCUAGCCCAUUGUCGAUAUCAAAGCAUGGAGAGGACACCCCCUUUCGCCACCAUUCUAUCGUGCGCAAGUGGGUCGAGUCACUUGUUCACCGAAACGGCUAUGACAACUUUGUAUCCUACAACACUACGGUGGAGUUGGCUGAAAAGGUCGGCAGCGAGUGGCGAGUAGUUUUGAGAAAACCAAGUGCAACGUCUGGAGAAGACGAGUGGUGGGAAGAACGAUUUGACGCAGUUGUUGUCGCAAGCGGACACUUCAACGUGCCAUUUAUCCCACAUAUCGACGGCCUCGCCGAUCUUGAAAGAGCUCGACCAGGCAGCGUAAAGCACAGCAAAAUGUUUCGCGGGAGGAAUGCUUACCGAGGGAAGAGGGUGGUUGUGGUGGGUGCGUCCGUCUCAGGAGCAGAUAUUGCAUACGAUCUUAUCGGCGUGGCUCGCGGUCCAGUCUACGCCGUUGUGCUAGGCCACAAAGCCAAUGGAUACUUUGGGGACGUAGCAUUCCAGCAUCCUGGAAUAGCCAAGAAGCCAUCGAUAUCGCAUGUUGCGACGACCAAUGGCGAGCGAACAGUACAUUUUGUCGACGGCACGUCAGUCCGCGAUGUCGACGAGAUCAUCUUUGGCACUGGAUAUUCGUGGUCACUGCCAUUUUUGCCACACGUCAAAGUCCGCAACAAUCGCGUUCCGGGACUUUACCAACACGUCAUAUACCAGGACGACCCAACUCUUCUCUUCAUAGGCGCAGUCGGUGCAGGUCUGACCUUCAAAGUUUUCGAGUGGCAAGCAGUACUAGCAGCGCGUAUUUUGGCCGGCCGUGCGACACUUCCACCACUCGCGGAGCAGCAGCGAUGGGAGAAGGACAGGAUCGCGAAAAAGGGCGAUGGGCCUGGUUUUACGCUGAUCUUCCCCGACUUUGAAGAGUACUUCGAGACGGUGAGAAGAUUGGCGGGCGAGCCGAAAGAUGGCAAGGGACGAAGAUUGCCGCCGUUCGACAAAAAGUGGUUUGAAGUUUUUAUGGCGGGACAUGAGAGAAGGAAGAAGUGGUGGAGGGAAGAGAACGAGAGAGCAAGGCUUAAAGAAGUCGAAGCUGCUAGACCACGGCUCAUCAGCUCGCUGGGCAAAGCCAUCUUCUUUUCGGACCGACAAGCUCCCUUCCAGAUACUACUGUGGCAAUCGAAGAUGCGAUUGAUCAACACGAAGACCGGUGCCCUCGAAGAAUUCCUCGGCGAAGACAUACCCGAAUAUGCCAUUCUCUCCCACACCUGGGGCGAGGGCGAGGUUACUUAUCAAGACUACCAGAAAGGCUUACACAAGACGAGGAAAGGGUACAGGAAGAUCCAGAAAACAUGUGAUAUCGCGGCUGAAGCAAAGAUUGGCUAUACUUGGGUAGACACAUGUUGCAUCGAUAAGAAGAGCAGUGCGGAGUUGUCGGAGGCGAUAAACUCCAUGUAUCGAUGGUUCACUAGAGGCUGGACGCUGCAAGAGCUCAUCGCGCCCGAGACAGUGCUCUUCUUCGAUGCGAGGUGGAACAAGCGUGGCUACAAGACAUCGAUUGCAGCUGAGUUGUCUACAAUCACAAAAAUUGAUGCUGCACUUCUUCGCAACCAAAGCUCACCAUCCGACUUCUGCAUUGCGCAAAGGUUGUCGUGGGCGGCCAAACGGAAAACCUCUCGCCUCGAAGAUGCUGCCUACUGCUUGCUCGGACUCUUUGACCUCAAUAUGCCGUUGCUAUAUGGCGAAGGAGAGAAGGCAUUUCGCCGCUUGCAGCUUGAGAUUAUCCGCUCCACCCCUGAUCUCAGCAUAUUCGCCUGGACCUUACCAAUUGAUACCGUUAAUUCAAGUGAAGAUCCUGUGCUUUGCGGUAUCUUGGCGAAGUCACCUGCUUGCUUCGAGGGUUGCUAUAAAUACUCAUGCAGUGAGCAAGCUGGCUAUAGCGAGUCAUCUGUCACGAACUUGGGCAUCAAAAUUCGGGCCCACAUCUUUGGCAGACGGCUGAACUCAACAGGCGCCUUGCGUUAUGUUUUACCUCUCAACUGCACCGUCGACGGACGCCCUAUACAUGUACGCCUUCGCCAAGUUGGACACGUCAUCAAAGUUGCCGCUCAACCAACAGCACUUCCAUGGAGCCCAUGGCCAGCGGACCGCUAUGAUAUGGAAGAUCAAUUGUUUUUCAUCACGGGAGACUCUGCGCAGGACUUUAGCAUGAUUGACAUUACCUUCUUGAUCCAAUCGCCUCUGAUCACGACAUCAGAAUACAAAUGGGUCCGGUGCAAGUUUAUUGCAGUCGGGUGUUUGGGGGUCGUUGAAGAAGACAAGUACGCUGCAAAGAUCCGCGCACUUCAGCCUCAGAUCACGGAUUGGAGUCGCAACUCAGAGCUCCUGGCCUACUACUUGAACAGAUACAAAGUUCCAAAGGCCAAGGCUGUGCGUUUUCCCUUAUCACACCUUGGCUAUGUCGCGCAUGUCACGUUUGCGGCAAUACCCGACGAUAGUCCUAGUAUAUGCCAAAGUAACAUGUGGACCAUCUCGUUCUCAUGUGUUCUCUGGCCGAUGAACAAUGAGCCAUAUCCAGACGAAGAGCAAUGGAACACGACUGGAGCACAAUAG